AUGCCGCAGCCUCUGUGGCUCCCUUUUUGCGGCGUCAAUAGAGCUUCUUACGAUGAUUUUGCUGAUCUGAAGGAGUGCCCUUGUUGUCAUCUUCGCAAUCCAGCGUUUGAACAGCCUAUCUCUGAACCGCAGGAGAUAAUAGAGCUGCUUGAUGAAUCACCAGUUCCGACACCAAAGAAGACGAAAGCCGUCUUUGCUGCCAGCAACGAGCAUGUACGAAGUCCUCAAACCCAGCGUUUUCAAAGAUAUACUCAAUAUUCUGUUACUGAGCUGACGAAUAUUCCAGUUCCUUCGAAUCGUACAAAUAACAAGCUAAUGGCUGAAACCUAUCAAACGACGAUAGCAAUCUGGCGACGCACAGUACAAGAGAAUGCGGAGCAGAUAGACUGUCGAAUGUUGAAAAGAGUCUCUUUCAAGCUUCAAAAUAAAGCAAUUAUAGAUCUGAACGACUUUAUGCACAAUUCUCUAUUGAAACAGGUCCGAGAAUGGAGAACGACUUUUACGCAGAAUGACGACGAGAAGCUCUAUCUUGCGAAACGCGUUGAGUCCAAACAGACCCCGGUUGAGCUGCCCACAAGCGCUGAUGACGUUCGUACGAUCAAGGAGGCAAUGGAGUACUUUGGGAUCAUCAAUAAGGAGUACGUUAUUCAUAUCGUUAUUGAACGGAUAGAGCUUGAACGGAUAGAGCUUGAGCAGCUGAAGGAGGAGCUGUCUGACGAAGAGCCUGCUGAUAUUAAGAAGGAGAAGAUCAAGAAGGAGGCAAAUACUAAGCUCGUUCCUCGUACAGAAUCUACAUCGUGGAGGAUUCUCAAAUUCAAGAAACCUCCUAACCCAGAACCAGAGCCUUCUACAACUGAAUCUCACAAACGAGCUCAUUCUAGUACCGACGACUCCUUCGACCAAUCUGCUGAAGAGCUGGAUCAAGCAAUCAAAGAGACUGAUGCUCUUCUUCAACCUCAACCCUCAACUCCGAAGGAGAAGGAGAAGGAGAAGAAGGAGAAGAAGGAGAAGAAGGAGAAGAAGAAGGAGAAGAAGAAGAGGGGGAUUAAGAAUGAUACAACAUCUGCAGAGGAGGAGAGAAAGGAGAGGAGUCAUGAUACGACGCAGGAGCUCUUCUAUAGCCCUCCAGCUCUUCGUACGAAGAAGAAGAUAAAGGAUACGACUUAG